UAGGAACGUAAAUAUAUGCGUACCUUGGAAAAUGUGAGAAGGCUAAUCGAGCAGCUAAUUAUAUGGAAAAUGAGGCUGUCCUCUCCAGUAGAACUCAUGGGUUGGCACUUCAGUCUCAAUAGGACAUGAGGGGCAUGAAGUUUCAGUGGGUAUGCCUCCUUCUUCUGUCUCUCUGCCUGGUGCUAUGGUACAAUCAUAUGACCAUGUUUGGGUUUUUCUUGAGAAAGGGUCUCCAUGGUUACGUGAGGGUUCCUUCAAGCAAUUACUUGAGGUCACAUUUGCUGAAGUUCCAUUGCGGGCGUUGCGCCGUAGUGUCCAGUUCAGGACAAAUGUUGGGUGGUGGCAAAGGUCAGGAGAUUGACAGACAUGAUUGUGUGAUACGCAUGAACGCAGCGCCCACCAUCAGAUUCGAGGCUGAUGUGGGGAAUAAGACCACCCUGCGGGUCGUCUCGCACACCAGCGUGCCACAUCUGGUACGCCAGCAGAGGUUUUUCUUCGGGCAAGAGGCAGACACCCGAUACGUUGUGUGGGGCCCUGAAAUAAACAUGAAGCAAGAUGGAAAAGGGAAGAUCUUCAAUGCGCUAGUGAAGCUGGCCAGGAAGUACCCGCGCACGCAAAUCUACACUGUCACCAGAGAAAAGAUUGAGUACUGUGACUCUGUGUUUCAAAAUGAAACAGGGAAGAACAGGAUGAGAUCAGGAGCAUACCUCAGUACAGGGUUUUUUACUAUGAUAUUAGCCCUGGAGACGUGUGACAGUACUCUGGUAUACGGGAUGAUUGACGGAUCUUACUGCAGUAAGGCCAACCACUCCUCGGUUCCGUACCACUACUACGAGUCAUCCCGUCUGGACGAGUGUGGCAUGUACCGUGUUCAUGAGCAUGCUAGAAGGGGCGGCCAUCGCUUCGUCACAGAAAAAGUGAUUUACAAACGCUGGGCAGCGCAGGGGAAUCUACGGUUUGUUUAUCCGUCCUGGUCGACAUAACACGGUCAACAACAAAAGUCACAGGCCAUUCUGCCUUUUUGUGUUUUAAAGUUUGAACUAAGUCAUGUAGAUCAAUCACUGUCUUUUUUCCCCUUGAGCAGAAGUUUCUCUCUCUUGAAUCGUAUUUAUAUUCAGUCAGCAGUUUGGCUUUUGACUCAUGCCGCUCUGCCUUUAUGUUUUGUGUGAUACAAUUUUAAAUUAUUUUUGCGUAAUAUUUUUAUGAUGAGCCUUUUGCAUUACACUGUUUUAUAAUGUUUUAUCGCUUUGUCAUUUUGUGUUUUACGUCUAUUCUAACAGAAAACCACUGAACUGACUAGUUUUAAUGUACAAACUUUGCAUGGUUUUAAAAAAUAACAUUUUUAUAAAAAUAUGUCAUACUGUUGCUAGUACAGUAGUGAUAUUAUUGGACAUUUACAUUAAAUGAUUCCGCUUAUAAAGCAUACAGGAUCUGACAUAAAAGAGAUCAUUUUCUCAUUGCGGUUAAACAUACAUUUCAUACAUUUUACGAGUUAUGUAUGCACAUGAAUGCAUUUACUGCACGCUGGACUUUUACUAAAACUGAGACUUCUGCCGUGAUGGCUGGCAUAUUACAUGCUGUUUGUAGUAAAACAAACGCUGUGAUUUAUCACAUCUAAUCACAAAAGUUUGACUCCGUCCCCAGAUGUUGCACAAUGAUAUUAGAUUUAGAGUCUGGUUAUAAGAAACAGCCCUCGGACAUCAGAUGUCUUCUCUUACUUUUGCUUUUGUUGCACUUUCUUAAGUUUCUGUGUUUUAUUUUUGUUUUGUUUUAGUGAGUGUUUUAGAGAAGUAGUUUAAAGUUUGACUGAAUACUGUAUGAGCGUUCAUGUCUGUGUGUGUUUCAACUAUUUUAUCCCUUUAUCAAGUUUUCCUUGCUACUGUCGCCUUGAGGAUUUGUCAGAUGCUAUUCUUUUAAACGCUGCUUUGAAACAAUGUUGUGGAUAGCUCUCUGAACAAAUAUAUUUAAAUCUGCCACCAACAAUUCAGACAAAUGCUUUCUAAUACAAAAAUGUCAUUUUUUCCUCCUAUCUUUAUUUACAGAUGUUCAUCUCAAGUAAAUGAAAAGCUGCCGUGCUUUGUUAUUGUUAGUGUCUCUAAAUGAAAACCUGUUACUGUGGUACACAGAUAAAAUUAUUUUUUAUAUUUCAUUUGUGUUUACUGGUGCUUGAUGCUUGUCUGUUGUCAUUCUCUGUAACGUACUGACAAAUUAAACUACUGUG